AUGAUUUCUAGUGUUUUCAAACGUUCAUUAUCAUCAACUCGUUAUUUAUCAAAUAAUGUUAAAAAUACAAAACCACCAUUACAAUUAUUUGGAAUUGAUGGUACAUAUGCAAAUUCAUUAUAUUCAGCAACAAUUCAACAAUCAGAUAUGAAUCAAACUUAUAAUUCAUUAAAAAAAGUUGAAGAUAUAAUUAAAGGUGAUCCAAAAUUAGAAGAAGCUUUAACUGAUCCAAGUUUAACAAGAGAUGAUAGAGUAUCAAUUAUUAAACAAGUUAAUAAAAAUUUAGAAUUAGAUAAUACUACAGCUAAUUUCUUAUUAGUAUUAGCUGAAAAUAAUAGAUUAGGAAAUUUCCCAUCAAUUUUUAAAAAAUUUGGUAUGCUUAAUGAUGCUCAUAAUGGUAUAAUAGAAGCAAAAGUUACAAGUGCUAAACCAUUAGAAUCUAAAGUUUUAAAAAGAUUACAAAAUUCUAUAGGUAAAAGUACAUUUGUUGGUGAAGGUAAAACUUUAAAAUUAACAAAUGAUGUAAAUCCUGAUAUUCAAGGUGGUUUAGUUGUUGAAGUUGGUGAUAGAACUGUUGAUGUUUCAAUUUCAAAUAAAUUAGCAAAAUUAAAUCAAACUUUAAGAGAAAAUUUAUAA